AGAUGGGAAAAGGUGACUGAUACCAUUGUCUCUAUCUGCCUGCCUGUCUGUCUUGCCGCCGGAUAUAAUCGUCAGGGCGAGAUGCAGGAGACUGCAGGUGUCCUGACGGUGCGGGCCCUGAAACACGCAGCCCUCUGUCUGGUUUUUCUGCCCCGGUUCCUCCUGGCAGCGCUGAUGCUGUGGCUCCUGGACUUCCUGUGCAUCAGGAGGAAGGUGCUGCUGAAGAUGAGGGAGCAGGGCAGCAGCCGCGAUGACCCGCCCGUUUGCGUCUCCGACUCCAACAAGAUGUUCACCCUGGAGUCGCUCAGAGCCGUGUGGUAUGGACAUAAAUUAGACUUUUUCAAAUCAGCGCACCUUGGAUGUAUCGCGCCCAACACAGAGGUGGUGCAGCUGAAGGACCGGCGCAGGGUCCGAAUCCUGGACUAUGUGAAAGGGAGGAGACCUCUCAUCCUCAACUUCGGUAGUUGCUCCUGACCACCGUUUAUGACGCGCUUGGCCGCGUUUCAGCGCGUCGCGAGCCAGUACGCGGACAUCGCUGACUCUCUGCUUGUAUACAUCGAGGAGGCGCAUCCCUCUGACGGCUGGGUGAGCUCCGAUGCGCCGUACCAGAUACCCAAGCACUGUUGUCUAGAGGACAGACUGAAAGCCGCUCAGGUGAUGCACUCUGAGGUGCCCGGCAGCAACGUGGUGGUGGAUAAUAUGGACAACUCGUCUAACGCGGCGUAUGGAGCCUAUUUUGAGAGACUUUAUAUCCUGAGGGAUGAGCGGGUCGUGUAUCAGGGGGCCAGAGGACCAGAGGGCUACCGGAUAUCAGAGUUGAGGAAAUGGCUCGCGCAAUACCGGAACGAUUUGGAGAAUUCCAGAACAGUGGUGGUCCACGUUUAACUUAAAGAUAACCAUUACCUGCGGCGCGUAAAGUGUCCACACAUCAUAUAAGUAUUCAGAUGCUGCUACAAACUCUUGACACACUGCACAUAUGCCUCUACAUGUUGUUUUGGUUCAGAAGCGUUAUAACAGGACGCAGACAGACAUUUGACAUGUUUAUUAUGAUGUAAAACGCAUGAUAGGCUUUGCAGUUCUGCUGUCUUGUUCCUCAUUUUUUGUUUGGUUCUUUGUUUUUGUAAGGAUAUGUCCUGUUGAUUUGAACCUCUGCAACAUUUUGACUCAUUUCAGUUUGAGCAUCAUUUGAUUAUGAUCACUUUAUUUUUCUAUGGCUCUACCUUGAAGGUGUGUGUGUGUGUGUGUGUGUGUGUGUGUGUGUGUGUGUGUGUGUGUGUGUGUGUGUGUGUGUGUGU